AUGACUAAAGGUACUAAUCGUAAAAAAAUACGUAAAGCGGGGUUCCGCGCUCGUAUGAAAACUGUAAGUGGAAGAAGAAUUAUAAAAGCAAGACGUAGAAAGAAAAGAAAAAGGAUUGGACUGUAA